UUCCUCCCGAGAGCAGCAGCCCGACCAGUUCCACAAAUGCUCCCGGAACCUCUUCGCUCGAAGAGGAAAGGUGCGGGGGGACGCUAGACUCGAAGGACCCAGGGCGGCAGGGGGACGUUUCACCUGCAGGACUGCCUGAGUUCAGCUGCAGCUUUAUGGCUCCCGGAAGUGCCGCCUCCCAGUGCUCCUGUCAGCCUCACGCCCUGGGCUGCGGUUGAAGCCAUGGCGGCGGCAGCCGCUGCGCCUGGCCCGGGGUCUGGACCCGGGGACUCGCCGGAGGGGCCCGAGGCGGAGGCUCCGGAGCGUCGGCGGAAAGCGCACGGGAUGCUGAAGCUUUACUAUGGCCUCUCAGAGGGGGAGGCAGCCGGGCGCCCCGCAGGGCCGGGCCCCCUGGAUCCGACUGAUCUCAACGGGGCACACUUCGACCCGGAAGUGUAUCUGGACAAGCUGCGUAGAGAGUGCCCCCUGGCCCAGCUGAUGGACAGUGAGACGGACAUGGUGCGACAGAUCCGGGCUCUAGACAGCGACAUGCAGACUCUGGUCUAUGAGAACUAUAACAAGUUCAUCUCAGCCACAGACACCAUCCGGAAGAUGAAGAACGAUUUCCGGAAGAUGGAGGACGAGAUGGACCGGCUGGCCACCAACAUGGCGGUGAUCACUGACUUCAGUGCGCGCAUCAGCGCCACGCUGCAGGACCGCCACGAGCGCAUCACCAAGCUGGCAGGAGUUCACGCGCUGCUGCGGAAGCUGCAGUUCCUCUUCGAGCUACCUUCGCGCCUCACCAAGUGCGUGGAGCUGGGCGCCUACGGGCAGGCGGUGCGCUACCAGGGGCGCGCCCGGGCGGUCCUGCAGCAGUACCAGCACCUGCCCUCAUUCCGCGCCAUCCAGGACGACUGCCAGGUCAUCACGGCCCGCCUGGCCCAGCAGCUCCGGCAGCGCUUCAGGGAGGGCGGUUCGGGCGCCCCGGAGCAGGCCGAGUGCGUGGAGCUGCUGCUAGCCCUGGGCGAGCCUGCCGAGGAGCUGUGCGAGGAGUUCCUGGCGCACGCCCGCGGGCGCUUGGAGGAGGAGCUGGGCAGCCUGGAGGCGGAGCUGGGGCCCUCCCCUCCGGCCCCCGACGUGUUGGAGUUCACCGACCGGGGCGGCAGCGGCUUCGUGGGCGGGCUCUGCCAGGUGGCAGCGUCCUAUCAGGAGCUGUUUGCGGCCCAGGGUCCGGCGGGUGCCGAAAAGCUGGCGGCCUUCGCCCGGGAGCUGGGCGGCCGCUACUUUGCGCUGGUGGAGCGGCGCCUGGCCCAGGAGCAGGGUGGUGGUGACAAUUCGCUGCUGGUGCGGGCCUUGGACCGCUUCCACCGCCGCCUGCGGGCACCCGGGCCCCUGCUGGCCGCUGCCGGGCUCGCGGAGGCUGCCACGGAGAUAGUGGAGCGAGUGGCCCGCGAGCGCCUGGGCCACCACCUGCAGGGCCUGCGGGCCGCCUUCCUGAGCUGCCUGACCGACGUGCGCCAGGCACUGGCCGCUCCUCGCCUGGCUGGGAAGGAAGGCCCCGGUCUGGCCGAGUUGCUGGCCAACGUGGCGAGCUCCAUCCUGAGCCACAUCAAGGCCUCGCUGGCCGCUGUGCACCUCUUCACCGCCAAGGAGGUUUCUUUCUCCAACAAGCCCUACUUUCGGGGCGAGUUCUGCAGCCAGGGUGUCCGUGAGGGCCUCAUUGUGGGCUUCAUCCGCUCCAUGUGCCAGACGGCUCAGAGCUUCUGUGACAGCCCAGGGGAGAAGGGAGGUGCCACUCCACCCGCCCUGCUCCUGCUGCUCUCCCGCCUCUGCCUGGACUAUGAGACGGCCACCAUUUCCUACAUCCUCACCCUCACUGAUGAGCAGUUUCUGGUGCAGGACCAGUCUCCAGUGACGCCCGUGAGCACACUGUGUGCGGAGGCCAGGGAGACAGCACGGCGACUGCUGACCCACUAUGUGAAGGUGCAGGGCCUGGUCAUAUCACAGAUGCUGCGCAAGAGUGUGGAGACGCGGGACUGGCUCAGCACCCUGGAGCCCCGGAAUGUGCGCGCUGUCAUGAAGCGGGUGGUGGAGGACACUACGGCCAUUGAUGUGCAGGUGGGGCUCCUGUACGAAGAGGGCGUGCGCAAGGCCCAGAGCAGCGACUCCAGCAAGAGGACCUUCUCCGUGUACAGCAGCUCUCGGCAGCAGGGCCGCUAUGCACCCAGCUACACACCCAGCGCCCCAAUGGACACUAACCUCUUGAGCAACAUCCAGAAGCUGUUCUCUGAGCGGAUUGACGUGUUCAGCCCGGUGGAGUUCAACAAGGUGUCCGUCCUCACUGGCAUCAUCAAGAUCAGCCUGAAGACGCUGCUGGAGUGUGUGCGGCUGCGCACCUUUGGGCGCUUUGGGCUGCAGCAGGUGCAGGUGGACUGCCACUUCCUGCAGCUCUACCUGUGGCGCUUCGUGGCCGACGAGGAGCUCGUCCACUUGCUGCUGGACGAAGUGGUGGCCUCGGCUGCCCUUCGCUGCCCGGACCCAGUGCCCAUGGAACCCAGUGUGGUCGAGGUCAUCUGUGAGCGCGGCUAGGCCUGGCCGCAGCCUCGCGCGGGCCUUUCCCACCCGCCAGCCCGUCCCCUCCAGCCUAAUAAAGAAGUGUUGCUUCCACCGCCAGGCUUGCGGGGCGUGGCUUUCCGGGGGUGGAGUUUGGGGACCCGGGCCUCAGCGGCGCGCUCUUCGGAUCCGCCCCCGGAGCCGAUUGGCUGGUCUGCUGGGCCCAGGAUGGGCCGGGGGCGGGGCCC